AUGGAAGAUAUCCUUAGUGAAUGGGAAAAGUCGUCCCUAACCACUGAAGAAGGGACCAAACUCAGCCUAACAAAAUCAAAAAAUCUGAAGAGUAAGGAGUACGUAUUAGCAUCAAAGUUCCUGACAAAACGGGCCAUUAACAUGGAAGCUAUUGGACAAACAUUUAAACCCCUGUGGAGAGCCCGUAAUGAGUUUAAGAUCAGGGAAGCAGGUGACCAUGUUCUGCUUUUUAUAUUUGAGUUAGAAUCUGAUGCUGAAAGAGUUUUAUCACAACAGCCAUGGUCCUUUGAUAAACAUUUAGUGCUAUUCCAGCGCUAUGACUACAAGACUCCAGCCAAACACUUGCGCUUCACAAAGGCCAAGUUUUGGGUGCAAAUACAUGGUUUACCAAUGAGAUUAUUGGAUCCUGAAAUAGCAAUAGAACUGGGCGAAUCUCUUGGAGAAGUAUCAGAGACGGAGAAUCCGAAAGAGCUGGUGGGAAACGAUUUUGUCUGUGUGAAGGUGGAGGUGGAUAUCUCAAAACCCCUAUGUCGAGGCCGUAAAAUUGAUAUAGGAGAAGACAGAGAGUGA